GAAAGAGAGAGUUCCUUUUUAUAAUCCUAGAGAAACUCGGAGAUCGAGGAGGGGGACAGAAGAAUUUGUUGGAACCUCCGAUCGAAUCUCCGAUCAAGUCUCAGUUGUCGGAGAUGGCGAUUCUGUUCGCGCUGGUGGCAAGGGGAUCGGUGGUGCUGGCGGAGUUCACGGCGACGUCGACGAACGCAGGCGCCAUCGCCAGGCAAAUCCUCGAGAAGAUUCCCGGAAACAACGACACCAACGUCUCCUACUCUCAGGACCGCUACGUCUUCCAUGUCCGCCGUACCGACGGCCUUACCGUCCUUUGUAUGGCCGACGAAGCCGCCGGCAGGAGAAUUCCUUUUGCAUUUCUUGAGGACAUUCAUCAAAGAUUUGUGAGGACUUAUGGCCGUGCGGUUCAUUCUGCUCAGGCUUAUGGCAUGAACGAUGAAUUCUCAAGGGUUUUGAACCAGCAAAUGGAGUAUUACUCAAAUGACCCAAAUGCAGAUAGGAUAAAUCGACUUAAAGGUGAAAUGAGUCAGGUUCGAAGUGUCAUGAUUGAGAAUAUUGACAAAGUUUUAGAGAGAGGCGAUCGCCUAGAAUUGCUGGUUGACAAAACUGCUAAUAUGCAAGGAAACACCUUUAGGUUCAGAAAGCAAGCUCGCCGUUUUAGAAACACAGUGUGGUGGAGAAACGUAAAGCUUACGGUUGCUCUUAUAAUCCUCUUGCUAGUGAUUGCUUAUGUUGUGUUGGCUUUUGUCUGCCAUGGACUUACACUACCUACUUGUUUGAAGUGAGGGUGAGUACCAAGCUAGACUAAAAAAAAGUGCUUGUGCAUUUUACCUAGCCUUUUCUUUCUUUAUUUCUUUUUCUUGUACCCCUUAUACCUGUUUUGGUUCAUGGCAUUCAGUCAGUAUUCUUGUAUUUCGACGUCUUGUGGCAGACAAUGCUCGUUUAUGCGAGCUGUAAUUCUUAUUUUUGUGUGGGCGCGCUUUUUUGUUUGCUUGUGAGAGAUUUGAACUAGUUCAAAUUGUACCCUUUUGAAACUAUUUAUAGAAAUAUAUUGUCCUGAUUUGUGAA